AUGCCAAUAGAGGAGAAAAGGUUACCACUUGGAGCUGUUCGUACGACGAAUGGAGACGUUGUCGUACCUGCAUCACAUCGUGCUGACGGAUCAAUGCGUAAACCAAUUCGUAUUCGCCAGGGUUACACUCCUCAGGAUGAGGUGCCCAAGUACAAAACCGUCAUGCAGCGUCGACGCGAGAAAGUGAUGGACAAAGCUGUAGAGAUAAAAGCUGAUAGCAAUGCUGCUAUCGAGGAGCUCUUAAUGGACAAAUUGUCCUUGGAACAGAAAAAGAUGAGAACUCCAGCGACCAAAGAGCCGCGAUUCUGUAACAGUGACAAAGCUCUUUACGAAGAAAAAAUGAAAGAUCAUGGGCAGGUGGUAAUGAAUAAGAGAACCGAGACAACAGCAAUAUCAGAAGAACUUGCAGGAGAUCAGCAGCAGCGUCAACUGAAGCAACAGCUGACGCAAAUCAACAAGCAGCUUAAGAAGAUUGCAAAACUGGAAAACAUGGAGAAAGUUUUGCUCUCGAAGCAAGAAAAACAGAAGAUUGCACAGAAGACACAGCUUCAGCAGCAACGACACGAAAUCAUUGCCGAGCUAAACGGGGCCACCGUGACGAAAAGCAGCAGCAGCAUGGCCACAGGGUCACGUCCAAAAGUCGUAAUCAGUCUCUAG